AUGACUUCUACUCCAUACCCGGAUUUUGAAGACAGUCCCCGUUUGGAUGAAGAUACUAUAUCACAUUUGCGACUGGGGUCACCAAACUAUCCAUCUUCCUCUCAGGUCAACAAAUCACGAAAGAAGUUGCGACUGGAACGUGUUCUUGGUGGAGAUGACAUGAAGACCAAGUUAGAUGCUGUACGUUCUGACGUGCAUAACAUUAUAAUUUCAGUCCUUAAUAACGAGCCUGUCUCUCGGUCGUUCUCCUCCAUAUACAAAUCUGUGGAAUUGCUUUCCAUUUAUAAGCACUCCGAACAGGCUCACUUGGCUGAUUUCGUAUUCAAUGCUAUACAAGAACGUUUGGUAUCCGAAGUUGUACCAGAGGUUCAAGCAACCUUCGAGAGUCUAACUAAUGUUGAUGAGUCUUAUUGUGACUGCAUCACAUCGUUCAACAAAUGUGUUGAAUCUUGGACCAAGUGUCUCGAGUUGUUGGAACAACUUCUUCUCUUCAUGAACAGAUCAUACCUCUUGCAUCAUCCGAAAAAGCAUACAAUACUUGAGUUUGGUAUCAUUCAGUUCUCACUUCAAAUAAUUUACAAUGAAGAUAGUUUGAUACGCAAAAAGAUUGUCAUUCUACUAAGGAAAAUCCAUAUCCUAUCCAGAAGUACGAAUGUGGAUGAUAUUAGAGACUUGAACGAGUUGGCAAAUUCAUUUGUUGGUACCAUAGCACGCUUGGAUUUCAAAGGGGAGAUUCUUGGCGGCUCAGGCCUUGAGAAAAUACUUUUGCCAAAUUACAAGCAGCUAAAGUCUACUUGGAUUGAGGAAGGAAAUGAUUACUUAAGAGUGGCACUUGAUGCAUUGUCGGCCGAGUCUUCCUUUCUAAUAGGAUGUGGUUUAUCUGAACAGGUUGUUAUGAACAUCUUGAAAAAGUUAAAGUGGGAAUUGAUAUUUCAGGACUUUAGUCAAGUGCUAGAUAUUUCCUUAACAUAUAUGAUUCAACCUCAAAAUAUUGAAUACUUGAAAACCUUAUGGAAUCUCUGUCAAUCAUCAAUGGAUGACUAUGCGGUCGACUCGUGUCGCACAUUCGUCUAUGCGUGGGGUUGUUUUGUUCGCAAUGAUAUUGAGUCAACUAUCCGAGAGUCGAAACUUAAGAAUAGUUCCCUUAUCCCAGAGUUAGUUGCUUCAUUUGACAAUUUGAACAAACUUGCUACUGAAUGUUUAAAUGAUGAUGCUAUUGGCUUCGAGUCCAGGAAUGCUCAGAGCAAGGCAUUGGCCAACAAGGAUUACAAUAACUAUGUCCUUCUUCAACUCUCUAAGUACUGUGAUAACUUCUUUAAGCAGUCUCGGAAGACGAAGGAUGUUAACUCCUUUGCCCAAUUCGAGAAGGAAGUGGUUACGGUGUUCAAAUUAAUAACGUAUAAGGCUGAUUUCAUGCUCAUUUAUGAGCGCGAUUUGUCUAAAAGAAUGCUUUUGGGAAGAUCUUUCAACUUAGCUCUCGAAAGAAAAUUACUGGAGGCAAUUUUGGGCGUGGUUGGAGAGGGGGAUGAAGGCUCGAAUCUCCGUGCAAUGUUCCGAGAUGUUGAAACUUCUAGAUCGCUUUACAAUCCAACCCCUAUAGAUUGUUUACCUGGGGUAGAAUUCAAUGCAAUGGUGUUGGAAAAAAAAUUCUGGCCUGAAAUUCCUGGCUCUGGAUGCGAUAUCGCAUUGCCUAAUAUACUCAGCCAAGCAUUGGGAGAGUUUUCAUGCAAGUACGAAGAACAAGGGGAAAAACAUAAGUUUCAUAAGCUUGAUUGGACAAAUUUUCUGCUCCAUCAGAUUGUGCUAUUGGUAGAGUUUGAUUCGGGUCAGAAAGAACUCAGCAUAAAUUUGCUUCAGGCGUCUGUAUUGAUGCUCUUUGAAGAUGUCGAUGAGAUUCACUACAAUGAAUUAAAGAUGCGCACAAAGAUGGAGGAACGUCAAUUGAAGAAGGUUUUGUCUUCUUUCACAACAGAAAGAUGUCCCAUAUUAAUACUAAGAGGAGACGUUGUGAUAUUUAACCGCUCGGCAGAGUUGAAGAAUGCGAGAACUCGCGUUCCAAUGACGCGAGAAAGAGAGAUUGACGCUACGGAUGACUUUUCGAAAGUAAUUGAGAAGAACAGGGAUCCAGAAGUUAGAGCGGCACUUGUGCGGACCAUGAAGCAAAGCAAGAGCAUUCUCUACGCUGAACUCUUAGCAAAUGUAUUGCACACCAUGGAACAAAGAGGCACUAGUUUACUGGUGCACACGGUGAAGGAAGGUAUCGAAUAUUUGAUCUCCAACGAGUAUAUCCGGAGAGACGCUGAUGGCGUUACAUUGGUCUACGUUCCCUGA